CGACCCUCAUCCAUCGUGACCACUGGACACCGCAGCAUUUCGGGUCUUUUGGGCUGAUGGAUUCCACGCUUCCGACUUCUUGACACGUCUGCCUGACCCGUCCUUUGUUUCAAUUCGCCGCACGACACCUUUUUAUUUUGGCCUGCGCCCCCCGUCGUUCACUCUCAAACCGACUUGUCGCCACCUACCCGCAAGACCCCCCAUUUGUAAGCCCUUGAGGCCACGGUAGCUUCGCGCGCGCGACGCCAGCGACCGUCCGUCACGCCCGCCUGUUGGCCGCGCGACAUCCGCCACACACUCGCUCGUGUCUGCCUUCCUGCGGCCCGUGGUUAACUUGACGUGGUUCACAUCGGCCAGCCGCCUCCUCCAUCGCCCAAACGCGGGCCCUUUCUUUUUCUUCUUCCCUUCUUUGUCUUCUUUCAGUACUGCGCCGCUCCUUCGAUAUAAAAUUGCCGAAUUCUCUUCCCACACUCUGCGCCGAAAUCUCGUCGCCGCCAAAGAUCAUCCGCUAUAGCAUCCUCCGUCGCAUUCUCGGAUCAUCGGUCGCCGGUCCUGAUCGCAGAACCGCAUCAGCUCCCGCGCACGAACCUCCUCCUCGACUCUAUUUUCGAAGCCUAGCAUUACGUACGUGCGAGCCGACCGCGACAAAGCAGCCGACUUGCGCUGUGCGACCUCAAAAAAGCCACAUAUGGGUGCCCGAGCCAGACGACCGCAGUCGCCCAAGAACCGACCGCCUCCCCUUUCUCUGAAGGGAGAGAAUGCGAACGGCAAAAUGAGCAACGGUGUCGAAAUGCGGCGGAAAACCGCCAACCACGAAUCGGAGAACAAUGUUGCGAAGAACUUCAUGUCUCGGGAGAGCUUCUCCCUCGACGAACCGGUCCCGAAGACCCCCAUUUCGAGCGAUCAUGGCUUCUUCGAGUUGCCCCGACAGGACCAGCGAAGCUUUCUCCUCUUGGUCCUGCUCUACUUUCUUCAGGGCAUCCCAAUGGGCUUGGCGAUGGGGUCUGUACCCUUCCUGCUCAAGAACCACAUGUCAUAUGGCGAAAUCGGCACGUUUAGUCUGGCAUCCUACCCCUACUCGCUGAAGCUAUUCUGGAGCCCUUUCGUCGACGCUGUAUGGAGCCCGCGAAUUGGCCGUAGAAAGACGUGGAUUGUGCCCAUUCAGCUCUUGUCCGGCUUUGGCAUGCUCUGGCUGGGCUCCCAUGUUGAGAAGAUGAUGGAGAUGACAGGCAAGCCCGGCGGGCCUACCGUUUGGACCUUCAUGCUGUGGUGGUUCUUCCUCGUCCUCAUGUGCGCGACACAGGACAUUGCCGUCGAUGGCUGGGCGCUUACGCUGCUGACCCCCGCCAACGUCUCCUACGCAUCCACGGCCCAGACAGUCGGCUUGACCGCGGGGCACUUCAUGUCGUACACCGUGUUCCUGGCAUUGAACGCCAGUGACUUCGCCAACAAGUGGAUUCGCUCCGUCCCAUCCGACGAGGGCUUGGUGUCCCUGGGAGGAUAUCUUACCUUCUGGGGCUGGGCCUACAUCGCCGUCACCAUUGGACUUGGCUUGAUGAAGCGCGAAGAGAAGUCGCAGAACGAAGACGGCGUGUGGGACGUCUACAAGAUCAUGUGGGGCAUCCUCAAGCUCAAGAACGUCCAGACCAUCAUCAUUGUUCAUCUCAUUGCCAAGAUCGGCUUCCAGGCCAAUGAUGGCGUCACCAAUCUCAAGCUCCUGGACAAGGGCUUCGGCAAGGACAACAUGGCGCUCACCGUGCUCAUCGACUUUCCGUUUGAGAUUGGAGUUGGCUAUUACGCAGGCAUGUGGUCGCAAAAGUACACGCCAAUGAGACUUUGGUGCUGGGCCUUCAUGGGACGGCUUGUCGCGGCCGUGUUUGCUCAAUUCACCGUCGCCAUCUUCCCUAGCAGCGGGGUGACAUCGUGGUAUCUGCUCCUCGUCAUCGGGGAGCAUGUGUUCUCGACAUUCACAAACACGGUCAUGUUUGUUGCUGUGUCUGCGUUCCACGCCAAGGUGUCGGAUCCGGUCAUUGGCGGCACAUACAUGACUCUGCUCGCAACUGUCUCGAACCUCGGCGGGACCUUUCCGCGGUAUUUCGUGUUGAAGCUCGUGGAUGAUUUCACCGUUGCUACCUGCCAUCCGAAUUUGUCGGUCGACCGUUCCAAGGUCAAAGGGGCAAUCAUCACGGAGGCCUUCUCUUGUGCAGUGCAAGCCGAAAAGGAGCGCUGCGACGACGGAGGCGGCUCCUGUGUCGUGACCCGGGAUGGAUACUACAUGGUCAACAUGCUGUGCGUGGGCUUUGGCAUUUUGACGCUCUUGUGGUAUAUCAAGCCCAAGGUGCUGCACCUGCAAAGCCUGCCGCUGCGCGCCUGGAGAUUAUCGCCGAGCAAGCAAUGACAAGAACGACACGCGAGUCAUGGCCGAGCAAGAGGAGGGACGCCGGCAUAAAUGUACGCGAUACAUAGCAUAGUGCGGCAUGAAGAAGUCAUGCGAUAUUUGAAGAAUAUGACUUGUAAAGAAG